GGUACGCCAUUCUGCAGGCCAUCAUGGAGAAAGCCGGACUGGAUGACUGGCAGGUCAGCGCCAUCUGUGUGGAAAACUUCAAUGACGCCAACUACCGCCGCCUGCUGGAGGACCUGGAGCGCCGCGAGGAGAAGAAGUUCGUCAUCGACCUGGAGGCCGAGAGGCUGCAGAACAUGCUGGAGCAGAUUGUGAGUGUUGGGAAACAUGUGAAGGGUUACCACUACAUCAUGGCCAACCUGGGAUUUAAGGAUAUCAACCUAGAGCGCUUCAUGCAUGGGGGCGCCAACGUCACCGGCUUCCAGCUGGUCAACUUCAGCAACCCCAUGGUCAUCAAGCUGAUGCAGCGCUGGAACAAGCUGGACCAGAGGGAGUACCCGGGCUCCGACGCCCCACCCAAGUACACCUCUGCACUGACGUAUGACGGCGUGAUGGUGAUGGCCGAGGCCUUCAGGACGCUGCGCAGUCGAAAGGUGGACCUGUCCCGACGGGGGAACGCCGGGGACUGCCUGGCGAACCCCGCCGCCCCCUGGAACCAGGGCAAAGAAAUGGAGCGCACCCUGAAACAGGUCCAGCUGCAGGGACUAACAGGUAAUGUUGAGUUUAACGAGUUUGGGCAGAGGAUCAACUACUCCAUGGACGUGUUUGAGCUGAAGAACAACGGACCCAGAAGGAUUGGCUACUGGAACGGUGACGACAAACUGGUUCUGGAGGAGGAAACCCAGCAGCUUUCCAACGACACCACAGGCAUGGACAACCGAACCGUUAUCGUGACGACCAUCAUGGAGGGUCCCUACGUCAUGCUGAAGAAGAACUGGGAGUCGUUCGAGGGCAACGACCAGUACGAGGGUUACUGUGUGGACCUGGCCUCCGAGAUCGCCAAACACAUCGGCAUCAAGUACAAGAUCGCCAUCGUCCCAGACGGGAAGUACGGCGCCAGGGACCCAGAGACCAAGAUCUGGAACGGCAUGGUCGGGGAGCUGGUGUACGGGAAAGCGGAAAUUGCUGUGGCCCCUUUGACUAUCACGUUGGUCCGGGAGGAGGUGAUUGACUUCUCCAAACCGUUCAUGUCGCUCGGCAUCUCGAUCAUGAUAAAGAAGCCGCAGAAGUCCAAACCGGGCGUGUUCUCCUUCCUGGACCCGCUGGCCUACGAGAUCUGGAUGUGCAUUGUGUUCGCCUACAUCGGCGUGAGCGUGGUGCUCUUCCUGGUCAGCCGCUUCAGCCCGUACGAAUGGCACACCGAGGAGCCCGAGGAGGGCACCGACGGUCCGCCAAGCGACCAGCCCCCCAAUGAGUUUGGCAUCUUCAACUCUCUCUGGUUCUCCCUGGGCGCCUUCAUGCAGCAGGGCUGUGACAUCUCCCCCAGAUCGCUGUCUGGCCGGAUCGUGGGCGGAGUCUGGUGGUUCUUCACCCUCAUCAUCAUCUCGUCCUACACGGCCAACCUGGCGGCCUUCCUCACCGUGGAGCGGAUGGUUUCGCCCAUCGAGAGCGCCGAGGAUCUGGCCAAGCAGACCGACAUCGCCUACGGCACGCUGGACUCCGGCUCCACCAAGGAGUUCUUCAGGCGCUCCAAGAUCGCCGUCUACGAGAAGAUGUGGGGCUACAUGAAGUCGGCCGAGCCCACGGUGUUCACCAAGACCACGGCGGAGGGCGUGGCGCGGGUCCGCAAGUCGAAGGGGAAGUACGCCUUCCUGCUGGAGUCCACCAUGAACGAGUACACGGAGCAGAGGAAGCCCUGCGACACCAUGAAAGUGGGCGGGAACCUGGACUCCAAGGGUUACGGCGUCGCUACGCCCAAGGGUUCACAGUUAAGAACGCCCGUAAACCUUGCCGUAUUGAAACUGAGUGAAGCAGGAGUCUUAGACAAACUGAAAAACAAAUGGUGGUACGAUAAAGGGGAGUGUGGACCCAAGGACUCUGGAAGUAAGGACAAGUCGUCCCAGGCCCUCAGCCUGAGCAACGUGGCGGGGGUCUUCUACAUCCUCGUCGGGGGCCUGGGUUUGGCAAUGCUGGUGGCCCUCAUCGAAUUCUGCUACAAGUCGCGCAACGAGGCCAAAAGAAUGAAGCUGACCUUCACAGAAGCCAUGAGGAACAAGGCUCGGCUGUCCAUCACCGGCAGCGUCGGGGAGAACGGCCGGGUUCUGACGCCCGACUGCCCCAAGGCCGUCCACACCGGGCCGCCCGUCCGCCAGAGCUCCGGCCUGGCCCUCGUCUCCUCUGAGCUUCCUUGAAAACCAAAAACCUCUCAAGUGCCUUAAUGCAACACCAACCGACUGACCGUCCGGAACCACCAGGAGGCAGAUUCAGCGGGUCGCUGCCGGGCCGCUGGGAACGAACCAUAACUUUUUUUUAUUCCAACCGGAGGACAAAAAAUAUCAGAGAAAAAAACUGCACACUUGAAACUAGUUGGUGUUUUCUGAGCGGACCGCUCUCGGACAGAUAUCGACGGGAACAAACGCAGAUAUUUCUAUUCAUAAAAGCGGCAGUUUAAAUCUAUUGAUACUGAAUAUAUGAGCAAAUCUAGAAUACUGUGAAGAUUAGUAAAUAUGUAUAUUCUGAGGAGGAACUCUAGCUGUACAUCCCCACGGCUGUGCUUGCUUUUUAAACUCGUGUACAUAGCAGACGCUGUAGUGAAGACUCUUUCUUUUCUAAACCAUCUCUGGAGAUUUUAUUCGUCGCAAUAACGAAGCGGACGACGACCGAU